AUGUCUCAACGGACAGAGCACAACGGAAGCUGGCUACGGAACGCCGGGUCUCUCCUCUCGGUCCUAGCCUGCGUAGCUGUCCUUGCCAGCCCAGCUUCGGCCACCCCGGCAUCAGCAGCAGCAGCAGCAGCUCCCCGGACCGAUGACUAUCUAAAGCGUGCGGAACGCAUUCUCAAAUUCACCCCGCUGAUCGACGGGCACAACGACCUUCCCAACUUCAUCCGGAAGACGACGAAGAACCAGAUCUAUGAGGGGAAGAUCCCGUUUGAGGACGAGCUGCCCGGCCACACUGACCUGAAGAGGCUGCGGAAGGGCAGAGUGGGCGGACAGUUUUGGAGUGUUUACACACCCUGUCCUGACCCACCGGUGCCCAUUGACAACCCUACAUGGUCCGUUCGGGAUACCUUGGAGCAGAUCGAUGUGACUAAGCGCCUUAUCGAAAAAUACUCGCGCGAUCUGCAGUUCUGUGGAGACGCAAGGUGUGCUCGGAGGGCGUUCAGGAGAGGAAAGAUUGCCAGUUUCCUGGGUAUCGAGGGAGGACAUCAGAUCGGCAACUCUCUCGGUGACUUGCGCCGGGUGUAUGAGCUGGGCGUGCGCUACAUCACGGUCACUCACAACUGCGACAAUGCAUUUGCGACCGCGCAGUCGACCGUCGCCGACGGCUUGCCGGACACCGGACUGAUGAAGCCGUUCGGCAUCGAGUUCGUCAAGGAGAUGAACCGCCUUGGCAUGCUCGUAGAUCUGUCGCACGUGUCCGCAAACACCAUGAGAGACACAUUGAAAGUCGCGCGGGCACCGGUCAUCUUCUCGCACUCGUCCGCAUACGCGGUGUCCAACCACCUGCGCAACGUGCCCGACGACGUGCUGAAGGAGGUCGCGAAGAACAACGGCGUGGUCAUGGUCACCUUCGUGUCCCGGUUCGUCAACGUCGAGAAUCCCGAUGCUGCAGACAUCAACACCGUGGUCGAUCAUAUCUUCCAUAUCGCCAAGGUUGCCGGUUGGGACCACGUUGGCAUUGGAGGUGACUACGACGGCACUGUUUACCUUCCCAAGGGUCUAGAGGAUGUGUCCAAGUACCCCCACCUCAUCGCCCGAGUCCUCGAACGCGGAGCCACAACCCAGCAGGUCCGCAAGCUCGUAGGCGAGAACAUCCUCCGGGUGUGGACUGAGGUGGAGAGAAUCGCGAAGCGCCUCCAGAAAACCGAGCUCCCCAACGAAGCGUACUGGGAGGGCCGCAACUGGACCAGACCCGCCAAGCGGGACCUGAACGCUGACUUCGAGGGCAGAAGCGUGCCAUUGUUCACUUCUGCGUCGAACGGCGACUUCUGUGAUUAG